GAUCCUCAGUAGCACAGUGAGCUAACCAGCUUAUAGCUAUAUUCGUUUUUAAGAAGCACAGCGCAAGUAUUUGUUUAUACAAAUGGUCACGACGUUAAAUAUAUUUAAUGCCGAGCAAUUUAAUUGAUUUUCCCCAGAAAAUAUGUUGUAGUCUUGUUUCUUAAGUAAAAAUACUUGUUAUAGGCUGGAUAUCUAGCUAACUAGUUAUGCUUUGUCCGGGUGCUGAAUAAGGCAUUUUAAACGGUAAGAGCGCUGGCAAGCCAGUUAGGAAGUCCUGUGGUGAUGUACAGGUGACGGCUCAAUACCGAAUUAGCUAACAGUAGCUAACCAGGCGAUUGUUGGCAUUUUACUCGCGCAUCCAAAUCAACAGACUGAUAAAAGUUAUCUUUAUUGUCGACGACGAUGACGGAGGCAACGCGCGACGAAGAGCUGCGUCCGGUGCCAAAAGAGAGGGCAGUUCUGGAGAGCUACUUCACGCAGCUGGGGAUAUUUUCCUUCGACAGAGCGAAGGACUACGUGGAGAAAGAGAAGGACAACAACAAGAGCGCAGGAGCGAUAUGGGCCUCUCUCUUGGCCGCCCUUGCCCACCUGGCAGCUGCAGAGAAAGCCUACCACAACAUGACUUUCCUGGGGCAGAAAAUAGGCGGACAGUCAUUUUUCAGCCGGAAGGACUCGAUCAGGACUAUCUACACCUCGCUGUACAACGAGCUGAAGAAGGUGGUGACGACGGGUCGUAAUGCAGCGGGGGGGACGGCACCGUACCUGGAGGACCUGCUGUCCCACCUGGCCGAGCAGCUGUGCUUCUUCAUCCAGGCCCGCAUGGAGAUCGCCGACUUCUACGAGAAGAUGCACACGCUGGGCAGCCAGAAGUCCAUCAACUCGGAGGAGCUGGUGAACACUCUGGACUCCGUGGUGCAGAAAUACAGCUCCAGAUUCCACCACCCCAUCCUGAGCGGGCUGGAGAGCAGCUUCCAGGUGGAGGUGGACGUGCUGACGCAGCUGCUGCGCUGCCAGGCCCAGAUCUCCGAGUGGCAGUUCCUGCCGUCGCUGCUCAACCUGCACAGCGCCCACUCCAAGCUGCACACCUGGGGCCAGGGCUUCGAGAGGCAGCGUGAGACCCGCAAGCACCUGUUCGGCGGCCAGGUGCAGAAGGCCGUGCAGCCGCCCCACCUCUUCCUGUGGCUGCUCCGCCUCCGCAACGCCCUGCUGGCCAAGUUUGGCUUCUACUUCCACGAGGCGCUGGCCCGCCAGACCACGCUGUCCGAGAUGAAGGCGCUGACGGCCAAGACGUCGCCCGACUACUUCGGCCGCAUCUCGGGCUUCAUCCGCAAGCACGACGCCGUCAACGUCUCGCUCAUCUUCGACAACCGCGGCUCGGAGAGCUUCCAGGGCCACGGCUAUCACCACCCGCACUCCUACCGCGAGGCCCCCAAGGGGGUGGAUCAGUUCCCCGCCGUUGUGUCGUUGCCCAGCGACCGCCCGGUCACGCACUGGCCCAACGUCAUCAUGAUCAUGAGCGACCGCGCGGCCGAGCUCAACGCCCUGGACAAGGUGGUGCACUUCUACGACGACAAGGUCCAGAGCACCUACUACCUGACCCGGCCCGAACCGCACUUCACCAUCAUAGUCAUCUUCGACGCCAAGAAGUCCGAGAAGGACUCCCACAUCGUCUCCUUCCUGCAGGAGAUCUCCAGCUCGCUGAGAAACUCCAAGCCGUUCACUUACCUCAAACCCGGGUCCAAGGGCUAAGCGCGGGUUCGAGUUCUGGACUCGAGUGACUGGUUUGGAAAGGCUGUGUAGAGCAGCAAGCUUUUUUUUUCCAUAAUUAAUCAGUCAGUACUCAUUGUCAGACCCUAUGCGGUAGAAGACUUGGGUACACGACAAGUACACUGACAGUGACAGCCAAUAGCGUGGGAGCGUGUUCAAUAAUUAAGCCAAAUACUCAUGACGUUUAGGGUCUGUGAAAUCAGUAUCUGCUGAUAAAUCAGAGCCUUGUUGGAGAAAGAGCAGUUCCAGAGGGACUGGAUUCACUUCAGGUGUGUCAUGCGGAAGGUUAAAGGCCAUGGAGAAUUCCGUGUGAAAGAUCAGGGUCCAUAUUCAUAAAGCAGGAGGGCUUAUCUAGAAUCAGGUUUCCCAUGUUCAUAUUCUAACCUUAUCCAUAAUGUGCCAAAUGGCCAAACUGAUCCUAGAUCAGCCCUCCUCCUUUUCAUAAAUAGGGGCUCAUGGGUAGGCAACCUCUGCAGUGGAGUGCCAGAACGGUCUUGGAGUUUGAUUGUAAACUUAUGAAUUAUUGAGAGUCUGAGCCUAAUAGUCUGAAGGAUGAAAUGCCCUCCAGCACAUGGUCAUCUGUGUAUGCUUUAGCCUGAUGAUUAAGUUGUAGUUUGGCUGGAGCAAAAACCAGAAAUGUCUGUGGUGCUCCAGUACUGGAGUCACCCACCACAGCCGCAGAUGGACAAACUUCAGAUCCUGAAAGAAAUGAGGCUUUGAACAAUUUUUUCUGUGUAAGCCUAACAGCUGGAGCACCUUCAGAAAGAAACUACAGACAUUAAUGCGGAUGUCUAAUAUGCAGGAGAAAUUAACCGCUGCUUGAAACAGAUAAUGUGAAGUUUAGUUUAAUUUUAACUGCGCAGAAGUGUUAUGAUUUUAGUAUAUGGCUUGGAAAGCAUACCAGCAGCUAAGUUCACCUAGUUUGAUUGUGGGUGGAUGACCUACAUACUUGGCAGUGAUGUAGGAUAUUUCCGCCAUCCUGCCUGGGACAAUGUGGAUUUUAACGGGUCCAAGAAUUAGCAAAUUAUUUAUUGCGCUGUGAAAUCUCAAGUGGAUCACUGGUGUAUUAAUAGACCAAAGUUUAUGUUUUAAUGAGUCCUGACAAGUUUAUGGGGGCUCUUGGAGAUGUAUUCUCUUUCUCGGUAGGAAUACCCAGUAACUAUAAACACAAGGCUCUGGAAAAUGGGGGAAAACAUUUAAUUAUGGACACAAGGGAUGGCAUUUCAUGAGUCCGCUCUGUCACAAUAGUAUCUCCUGAUGGUAUCUCCUGCCAGGCAGAUAUGAUAAAUGCUUUAUAUGAGCAUUGGACAGCAUUCCCUGGGUUUAUUCAUCUCUGUCCCAACCAACAGCCUUGCCCUGCUCUGCUGUAGUGGCCAAUGUUCAUUAUGCUGUAAUAUACCUUACAAUUAACUUUUUUCCCCUCUUGCAUUGGCUUGACUUUCCUCUCAGUACUAGCAUGUGUUUUUCACUGCAAGACAGAAACCCAGCUAACAAUGUUACUGGAAUGUUUUGUCAACGUUAAAAGAUUUCCACUUCACUUCAUGGCAACAAAACUGUGAGAAUGUUUUGCAUUUGCAGGUAAUGUCCUUCCAUUACUCAUAUACUCCAGAUUUAAAUAAUUUUUCUGCUGUAGUAAAAACUGUGUACAAGAAUAAAGGUAAAAAAUGAAGAA